AUGUCGAUCAAGACCCAAGUCUGCUCGUUCAGCGGUUUUAAAAUCCCAAUUGGUAAGGGCCGCAAGUUUGUGAGAGAGGACAUGAAAGUCUUCACUUUCAUUACUAAGAAGUCGGAGUCUGCGUUCUUGAGAAAGACCAACCCAAGAAAGGUCUUCUGGACUGCGAUCUACAGACAACUCAACAAAAAGGGUCUUCAACAAGAAGUUGUCGGCAAGAAGAAGGCAAAGAGAGUUAUCAAGGUGAUUAGAGGAUACCACGGAAUUUCUGCCGAAGAAAUCGCCAAGAGAAAGCAGACAUACACCCCAGAACAACUCGCUAAGAAGAGACAAGAAGCCAUCGCAAAAAUUAAGGAAAUCAAGGCAACUAAUGCUGCUAAGAAGGAGGCCGCUAAGAAAGAAGCAAAGAAGGAGGGAAAGAAGGAAGCCCAUCCAAAGGCUAAGACCGCUUCUAAGCAACCAAAGGCAGGUAAAACUAACUUCAACUCCAGAUGA